AUCGUUGGCAGGUGAACAUACGCAGCUAAGCCGAUCGAUUGUUCGUUAUACGAGCGACUAGUGGCGUCUCACUGGGAACAAAGAGCGGACGGAGUACGGGAAGUCGGGCGGACGCGUGCGAUUCAUCGACGUCGCGUCGCUCUUUAGCAUUCGCGUGCCUUGUUGUUUAUGAGACUAACCUCGCGUAUCGAUUGAUAGUUCUGCGCCUCUUCGUUUUUCCUUUCGACCUUUCCGAGACACCUUACCUUUUUCGAUCUACCGUAGAUUAGAUUAGCCGUAGAUUGGACAGGGUGUCUGAUAACUCACGAUACCAACGAGACAACAAGCGAUUCUAUCGUGCAAAAAUGCCUCCAAAUGGAAGCAAUAACAUUUUUUCAUUCGAAAAUUAAUUUCAAUUGGAAAGAAUCGAAUUCAAAAAUUAUUCCAUUACAGUUACACGAUUACGUAUCAAGUAAUUAUUGUUGCUUCAUCGUUGCACGUUUAAUCUCGAUUUUUUCGAAAGAAAAAUAAAGACUCGAAGGACAAAAUUUAGUACUCUUUUUUUUCGAUUUAUUUUUCAUCUAGUUGUAUCAUCAGUUAUCAGACACGUUGUACAAUUGUCGAGUAGAUACAAAUUUCUUAUCGCGAUCUCUUCUUUGAGAUUUUGAGAUCUGAUCCUCUUCGUUUUGUAACGAGGUUGUAUGACGUAGGACGAAAACGCUCGAAUGUGUGACGAAAAACCUCUUAUAAAACCUCUUCCCUUGUAUAUUUACUGAAGUUAAAGAACUAAGAUAUUUACGAGUUACGAACGAAACAAACACGUGACAACAUAUUUAAUAAUUCUUAUUAAAUAUUCUUCUUUUUUAUUUAAAAAUUCUUAAAAAAUGAAAUGAAACGCCUCCUCGAAAAUUGAACUCGCGUCUAUGAUUUAUGGGUAGAUAAACGCGAUGCUUCUCUACGUUUUUCGUGGUUCGAAACCAGAUGUGGAUGCCGAGUUGACGAACAAUAGUGGCAAAGGAGACAGGAAAUGAUUCGAUUAAUUCACUUUGUAUCAUACGCCUGUGCUUGAACGUACGCCGCGGUCAUCGUGGCGGAGUGAAUCAUAAAGAAUCGAGGUCGAUUUUCGCGGAAUCGAAACAACCAUUCGCCUGAUCAUCGUUCACCGUCUUUGUAUUGUCUUCGUCAAUUUUAUCGUCCUCAUACUGUCUUCGUUGAAAAUGUAAAUUCGAUCGAUACGAUUUUCUAAACUGAAAGUACUAUCUUCGUACACACCUUCGUUUUUCGAAUACUAUCGUGCCGAUUAAUACAACCGAUCGUAAUUAACCGAUUUUGUUUGAUCUAUCACCGCUAUCUCCAGACAAUUUUAUCGCUCUUGUUUGUACAAUGAAAUUCGUAAAAAUCUCCGAUGAAAGACGUAUUAACGAAUUUAAACAACGAUAUCGUGACAUUUUCAUCGAAAUUCUAAAUUCAGUUCGUGUCACUAAAAAACCGACGUCUAUUCAUCUUUGCAACUAAUCUUCAGAAUGUGUAAUUAUGUAUUUCCUGUCGCUUUUGUUUUCGCAGUUGUCGAUCCGUAGAGUCAAUACGAGCAUAUACGAUUUAAUUACAAUUUAUGUACGCUUUUUUUGUAUAAUGGUGUUAAAACACACGUUAGAAAACAUUUUUUCUUUAAAAAUUGCCAAAACUUCGAUAGAACUGUCGAUAACCAUUGUUCUCAAUUUUAACGUUUGUUCUCAAUUCUAACUCUAUUAAUCCGAUAUUAUAAAUAUUAACGGAAUAGUGCGAGGCAAUAAACACUCUGAGUACUUGUUAGUGUCCAGCUCUCGAAUGGACAGAAAAAAAUGAUGUCAGGAAACGAGGUUCGUCUAAUUAUGCGAUUUGAACGGAUGACGUGGAACUUUCGAGUUGUUACUAGAAUUAUCAUAAAUGUAACAGUUAUCGUUGAAAGUCGAGCCUCUAUGUUACUUAUUAUAAAAGAAAAUCGUGUAUCGAAGCAUUUAUCGAGGAAAGCACGCGAAUCCCUUUUAUCUUGUUUUCUUUUUUUUACAAUAAUUAACUUAUAAUAUAUGACAUAUAAUGUCACUCAAACGUACUAUAAACAAUGAAAGAUUCCAACGAUAUUUUAAAAAUACCUCAACAAUCGUUUUAUCUAAAGAGAAAAGUUUGUCAACGAAGAAAGUUGCGGCACGAGAGAAAAAGAAAAAAAUACAGCGCAUCGUGAGACGCUUCUACGUCAUCGAUUUGUUGUUUUUCAUUCUUACGAUCCUUUACGACGAGUCGUGUUUAUUUAUAUCCUCGAAAAAAAUGAUUAUGAAUAAAUGCAUCAUGCGGUAAUUUAAAUUAGUGAAAGACGCGAAAAAAGAAAGUCUCUUGUCAUGUCAGAACGAUCCGAUUUCUUAUUUAUUUGAUAGAGGAACGUUUCGAGUGGGGCGGAUUAGUCGAAUUACAGAUGACGAGGCGCUAAUUAGAAUUUAAUCCCCCUCUUCGAUCAAUGCACGACUCAACUGUCGAUGGCCGGCGGGCGUUAUCAAGGGCCCGACUCCAGAGACGAUGAUAUUCGCGGAUGAUUGUGAAAAUAUCGAGAGAGAGGGGCGGAAUAUACUCGUACUUGUUCACGCAUCGUCGUGUGUUCGAUGGCCAUAUGUAUUCUCGGACAAAGAACAGUUCGCGUUCGCUUAUAUAACGUUUAUCGUGUGCCUAUAUUACAGGUGUUUCUUAGGUAAAAGAUCAUUUUAACAAGGUGCGCGCAUCUUAACGGGAUUUAAGAUCGGUCGAGGAUCGGUCGAGGAUCACAUUCUGCCUUGGUCUGCGGUGAUUCGAGGAUCGUCGGAGGAAGAUACUCGUGCUUUUCGUUCUUCGAAAUCGAACCGGAGAAGGAGGCUGGUAACCGGUGGUCGCUGGAGGGAGAAUCGAGUAAACGUGCGAGAGUAGAACGAAUCGACGAAGCUCGUUCGCAGGAAGGGAGAGAGGUCGACAGUCGAGGUUUAUCGAACGGAGCGUGUCCGUGGGAGCGAACGAGGCGAGAGUGAGGGACAGACAGAGAGGGAGCGAGAAAUGGCCCCCACCCACGGCCAGGAGGAAAUAGAGGGGCGCUAUAAAGAGUAUGCCUAUAGCCCUGUACCAGCGAGUUCCACUUCAGCGGUGUACGACUCAACCACCCUUGCAAAAUAUCCCGUCGACAUUGGUGCUGGCUCACCCAAAUAUCGUACCUACGGUGUCUACGAGAAGUGUCGCGUCGCAGAGAUGACGGAAAAGGGCUCGACGCUGCUGCAGUACGUGGCCGCUGCCGCGGCAAACCUUUGUUGCGUGUCAGCCGGUGCUAUGUUAGGAUGGACCAGUUCCGUGAUACCUCUUUUAAAGAACAAUGACACCAUCUCGAUUGAGUACAAUCCUCUGGGUCAGCAGAUCACCAACGAGGAAGAUUCAUGGAUUUCCUCGUUAGUUUCCAUAGGAGCGAUAAUAGGAAGUUUCGUGGCUGGAUAUUUGGCCGAAAGAUAUGGUAGAAAGACGACACUGCUGUCAGCCGUAGUGCCCUUCCUGAUCGGUUGGAUUUUAAUCGGAACAGCCAAAGUCGUGAUCCAACUGUGCGUGGCCCGAGUGGUCCUCGGUUUCGCCUUAGCGUUCGCCUUCACGGUCGUUCCCAUGUAUUGCGGUGAAAUCGCCGAGAUAUCCGUGAGAGGAGCUCUGGGAUCUUUCCUGCAGUUAUUCGUCACCAUCGGUCUCUUGUAUUCGUAUUCUAUCGGCCCGUACGUGUCUUAUCUGGUAUUCUGCGUACUCUGCGCCAUUGUACCUGUCGUGUUCGUCGGCUGUUUCAUCAUGAUGCCCGAAUCACCGUAUCAAUUGCUCAAGAUCGGCAAAAAACAAGAGGCACUCGAAUCUUUGGCUAGAUUGCGAAGCAAGACUAUCGCCAGCGUGCAAAAGGAAGCAGAUGAAAUGCAGGCUUCCAUCGACGAAGCGUUCAAAAACGAGGCAAAAUUGUCGGAUUUAUGGAAAGUGAAGGCAAACUUGAAAGCUUUGAUGUUUACGUGUGUUCUCGUCGCCUUCCAACAAGCCAGUGGUAUCAACGUGGUCCUCUUUAAUAUGGGAGCUAUCUUCAUAGCUGCAAAAUCAUCGUUAGAUAGCUCAUUGGCAACUAUAAUCGUCGGUACAGUUCAAGUAAUCACUUCCGGAAUCACGCCAUUGGUCGUCGACAGACUUGGUAGAAAAAUACUGCUUAUUUUCUCCGGCGUUGGCGAGAUCGUCUCCCUGCUCGCAUUGGGUAUCUACCUUUACCUGGAUUCCCAGAAAGCGGACGUGGAGAGUAUAAGAUUUCUGCCUAUCGUGUCGUUGGUCAUCUUUAUCGCGACAUAUUGCGUAGGCUGGGGUCCUCUUCCAUGGACCGUGAUGGGCGAGAUGUUCGCAUCGAACGUGAAAUCAAAGGCUUCCGGGAUCACGGUGUCUAUAUGCUGGUUGGUCUCCUUCUUUAUCACCAAAUUCGCCAACGACUUGCAAGAAAAGUUUGGCAAUUACAUGCUUUUCUGGUUGUUCGCCGUGUUUUGCGUGGCUAGCGUAAUAUUCACGAUAUUGGUAUUACCCGAGACGAAGGGAAAGAGCUUGCAACAAAUCCAGAACGAGUUGAACGGAGUCCAUCAUUCCGAGAUACCCGAGUUUGGCGACGUAAGCAAACAUUGAAAACAGUAUUACGAUUUCAGGUUUUGCGAGGACGAUUUGAUUCUUGGUCGCGUAAAAACAGAUAUGCAUCCGUCGAACUGUUUUUCCUCUUCCUAUUUCUAUUUCUAUUCCUAUUCUACAUAUACAUAAACGCGUCUUUAAUACUGCCAAAGAUCAUGGAUCGUGAUUCCAGAUUGAUCCUCUUCACCUUGUGCGGUUAUGCGACGAGUUAGACAUUACGCGUAUUUCUUUUUUAUCGUUAGACGAGUUGAAUCGACAUCGCUCGCGAAUUUUUACGUAUACGAGUAUAUGUAUGAAUAUAUGUACGUGAUAAGACGUAAGAGGUGCGUUCGAUGUAACACGAUUGUUAUCGUUUGUUUUAAAGCAAACGAAAGGAACGCGACAGAAUUGGGCGAGUAUCUAGUUUGAUUCUAUUAUAGUCUGGUCUCAAGCAAUAAGUAUGUAAAUCAGACAUGAGGGAUGUCGUUGAGGGAUCGAGUUAAGUUUCAAACAGAUGCAACAACUAUCGAACGAUACUCGAUGAUUUUAUCGUCUGUCCCGUUUCUCCCCACGUACGCCCAACAAUACUUGUUUAAUAUAUUUAUUUCCUGACAAAUCUUAGCCGUUCAAUGUACGUACGUAUCGUUUCCUUUUUACGUAAGAUUACAAGCGAUCCUCCGCAUCCCAAGUAUGAUAAUAUUUAAUUAUUUAACGCCGUAUUAGAUAUGUGUAUAGUAUAUGUAUAUUUGAGUUCCAUUGCACCGAUCAUUGAAACAAUCGCAUCAUGUAUAUUCAGUUUCCGAUCGAUUGUCGGUGAUUCCCGUCUAUUUGCGAAAAAAUCGUGAGAAAAAUUGCAAAAAAAAAAAAAAAAGAUUUUAAAUCAUUGUUCUUCAAUCUUGACAGAAAAUUAUACGAUUCUAGAAAGAGAAACGAAUGAACAAUUUGCACGCGGAAAUUCCACGAACACGAUUUUUAUCUGAGAUGAACGGUGCACACGCUAGACAUUUUCUCAGACACAUGGUUUAAGAAAAGAAAAAAAAAGAAAAAAAAAAGAAAGAAAAAAAAAAAAAGAAAGAAAAAAAAUCGCAAUUGGAAUUUUUCAAAUCAAAACAUCAAACUGUUGAUGUGAAGAUCUUUCUGUGAUCGAGAUGCGUUAAUCGCGUUUUAGGGACGAUUUAAGGAGAUUAAUUAGAGACAAGUUAGAGUUAGUUUGAUCGACAUGGCAAGUAGAGCACAUUUCAAUUUUGCUUGCGAUUGUUUCAAGAUUCGCAAAGAUUCGCGUCCUAUUUUGUUUCUUGCCGUUUUUAUCUUCGUUUUAUAAUAAUUACAAGUAGAUAGAUAUAUAAUUACAACGAUGGAAAAUAUGCGGAAGCUUUUUGGAAUUAUUACUUCGUAUCUUUCUUAUCUUUUUCUUUUAAAAACAUGCAUAAUUCUCGUGGCCAAGAAACAAGAAGACGCGAGUCUCCGCAACGCUGUAAUUUCUUGAAAUUAUAGUAUUCCGCGAUUCGCUCGAAUCAUGACAUAAUUUUGACAUCCGUCAAAAAUCGGGGAUCGAGCGAAAUCGAUGGCGCGUUUUAAUUAUUGACAUACACACUUUUUUUAUUUCCUUCUUUCUUUUCUCUAAUAGCGUAGAGAGAUUAUUCUUUUUAAGUAUUUCACUUCUUUCUUCAACGAGCUUUCCUUUCGAGCUAUUUCGCGAGAAUUCGUCAUGUUAGGUUUAAACGUCACUUUCUUAAGCAUAAUGUUCAUUAAUGUUAACCGUAAACGCGAAUUUCAUCGAUAGAGAGAACAAAUCGAUUCUACUUUAAUCACGCGUGUCCGUUUCAUUUGUUAUUUAAACGAACCACCAACGAUUGUACUUAUUUCCAUCCUAAUUUAUCAUAGAUCGUAUCGGAUUAUUUUUUACGACUAGAAAACGAUGAAGAAUAUAAAUUUCCUUUGAAGUAAUACUUUUUCGCGCGACACGCGUAUGUGUGCAACAUUUUUUUUUUCUUUCACCUUAAUUAUUACUAACGACAAUUGUAUUUCGUUUGCAUUUACGCGAUAGCCUUAGAGAGAAUGUGCCAAAUGUACUGUAGUAACACGAUCGCCGUAUUUAACACGUUGACUACCAAUUACGAGUAUACUCGUAGUAAAAUAUAUUUAAUUGGUAUGAUAAUUACGAUGAUAUAGGUAAUCAACGUGUUAACUAUUCUUAUCCUAGAAGAUAGACAUGAACAUGAACAUCGAUGAAUUUGAAUUGAGUUGAAUUCUCAUAGAUGCGAAGAAAAUUGAUUACGGCUAAUACGAUACGUGUAUAAAAAAUGAAAAGGAAGAAAUAUUAAUAUAGCUAUUAAUGUGAUCUCUAGUAUGGACAAGGUAUCCGCGCGAACGAAACAUAGUUAUUUAUUAAAAUAUGCGAAAGGACGACGCAAAAGUAAGAAAAGGAAUAUGCUGAUCGUGUAUAAUAAUAAACGAUAAUCGGUCGUCGUUUGCAUAUUCAUCGUGAUAAAAACUCGAGUGCCUCAAUCAAAUUUUAAAUUAUAAAAAUUAAAAUUGAACGAAACAUAUCGCCUACGAUAAAUUUCUUGGUAAAUACUAAAUCGUAGAUACCGGAUACAAAUGAAUUCUUCUUCGCGCAAAUCUGUACGCAACGUUGACUUCCGCCUAUAUUUUUCGUUCGUGAAAACGGAACUAUUUAGAUAUCGUAGAAUCAUUCCUAAUACGUUCCUCUAUUUCUAAGAGCAAUAAGACUUUUCCCUAAGAUAUGCUUAAGAUAAAACGAUUACGAUACGCGUAUAAAAAAAAAAGAAUAAAUUAAAAAAAAAUAUGCAUAUACAUAUAAAGGAAGAAAAAAAAAAGAAUUAUGGUCAAAUUGCGUUCGAAUUACCCGGUGUAUGAAAUUUCCACUUCCGACUGACAAGAUCGGCAAGAGAAGUGCUCACAGAACGUAUUAUUAUCUUCUUUUUUUUUUUCUUUUCUCGAAGGAAAUUGUACCGUUGUUUUCAGAGGAUAAAAUAAGUUAAAUAUUAUCGCGCAUUGUUCGAGAGGCCUUUGACGUAAUGCACAAUUAGAUAGACGAAACGAUCACGAUUUUCCACGCGAUUGUCAGCGAGGUAGAUUUUUAAAAUAAUGUAUGAUGACCACGAGAAGAAUGUUGUAUACAAAGCAAUGAGAGAAUGUGAUAAUGUUUAAAUUUAAGCAGGGUACAAAGGAAAUCAAGUUUGGAAAUUUCUAAUUGACGAUAUUUUAAAUAUAAUAAUAAUAAACAUGAUAAUAUGUAUACAUGUUAUAUAUACAUAUAUAUAUAUAUAUAUAUAUUUUUUUCAUCUUGAUCAUCAUUCGAUGCAAUUGUAUAUAUAUAUAUAUAAAACUCUAUAUGUAUAUGUAUUAAAACGCAUUACAUGUAUAGUGUAAUUACGAUAAAUACUUUUGUUACGGCUAAAUAAAUUAUAAUUUUAAAGUA